AUGUACAUCUCAGCUCCUAUUAGGUUGGUGAAUGGCAGUGACUCAUGUUCUGGACGAGUGGAGGUUCUUCAUGACGGUCAGUGGGGAACAGUGUGCACAGAUUUCUGGGACUCCACUGAUGCUGCAGUGGCGUGUAAAGAGUUUGGGUGUCCAAUCGGUGCUGAAAUAUCAAGAAAUUCUUACGGACCUGAUAUAAGACUGGUAAAUGGAUCUAAUCAAUGUUCUGGAAGAGUGGAGGUUUUAUACAAUGAUGAAUGGGGAACUGUUUGUGAUGCUGGCUGGGAUUUAACAGAUGCUGCAGUGGUGUGUAAUAGCAUGGGUUGUGGGACUCCAAUAGCAGCAGAGACCGGAGCUUUCUUUGGGCAGGGUUCAGGAUCUGUUUGGCUAGAUGCCGUGAGUUGUUCUGGAAAUGAGCCAUCAGUGAAAAAUUGUCCAUCAAAGGCAUUAGGAACAAGCAGCUGUACCCAUGGACAAGAUGCUGGCGUCGUCUGUAACCCUCCUGUUAGGUUGGUGAAUGGAGAGAACUCAUGUUCUGGACGAGUGGAGGUUCUUCAUGAUGGAGUAUGGGGAACAGUGUGUACAGAUUACUGGGGUACUAAAGAUGCUACUGUGGCGUGUAAAGAGUUGGGAUGUCCUACCAAUGCUGAAGCAAAAGCAUAUUCCUACUUUGGACCUGGUGUGGGAACAAUAUGGAUAGAUAAUGUUCAUUGUAAUGGGAGUGAACCGACACUAAGAGAGUGCAGAUUUAAUGGAUGGGGAAUAAACAACUGCGAUCAUUCAUAUGAUGCUGGAGUCAUCUGUCGAGGUAGGACGGAUACAGUGUUUAUCACUUUGCCUGAGGAGAACGAGGGGGUGGGGACAAGAGACGAGACACCGGGGGCACAUGACCGGAUACGCAAGGCCAUGAGCCUCCACAUAGAACAUGGGACUGUCAGGACCCUGCCAUCAUGA